AUGAGUUUGGAAUUCAAAAGUCCUCCCUCCGGCAAAGAGGAGUAUUCUGUACAGGCUGGAGACCAUGGCCUGAACUCUGCUCCUGCAUCGCCUAAGCCAAUUACAAAGUCCAAUACCCCUCACAUCGACGAAAAACCAGGUGCUCCUAGGUCAAUAGAGAUAACGGAUGCCGACCAUGAGUCGGCAAAGAUCGACACCUCCGCCCCGAAAGGAGUUCAGAAUAUACAAGCCUUGACCUACUCAUGGUCUAAGAAGGACCUCAUUGUUGCUUAUAUCAUGGUGUGGCUAAUAGAAUUUAUACUCACAUGGACUUCGGGUACUGUGGGGACGCUAACCCCAUACAUUACCAGUUCGUUCCGGGAACACUCACUCACGGCGCUUACCGGCGUUAUUGCAUCCAUUGUUGGAGGCUUAUGGAAGCUGCCGUAUGCAAAAAUAAUGAACGUUUGGGGUCGUCCUCCUGCUCUCUGCCUCGGAGUCGCCUUCACAACCGUUGGGCUGAUCAUGAUGGCUGCCUGUAACAACGUGCAGACAUACUGUGCUGCGCAGGUGUUUUUCACCGUAGGUUACAGGUCGGUUGACUUUUCGCUAAUAGUCUUCGUCUCCGAUACGUCCAAGCUCAAGAACCGAGGAUUCUUCCUCGGAUAUCUUGGUUUACCUUGGUUAAUCACGACCUUCCUCUAUGGAUUUGCAGUGGAUAGGAUUGUCAGUCCUGGUGGGAUAGGCCUAAGAUGGGGCUUUGGUAUCCUCUCCAUCCUUGUCCCCAUCGUCUGCUUACCGCUGAUCGGCCUCCUCUAUGUCAACCAGGCCAAGGCGCAAAAGCAAGGCUUGAUUGAACCCCGCCCUGAUCAUGGCACUUUCAUCCAGAAGCUCAUUCAUUAUGGCAAGGAAUUCGACCUCAUCGGAUUGCUCAUUCUUGCGACAGGAAUGGCGCUCUUCUUGCUCAGCUUCAACCUCUACUCAUACCAAGCCGACCGAUGGAAGUCGCCCAUGAUCAUCUGCUUUAUCAUUUUUGGUGCCCUUCUCAUCAUUGUCUUUGGACUAUGGGAGAAGUACUUUGCACCAAUUCCUUUCAUUCCUUGGCAUCUCCUCAAGAACCGCACUGUCAUCUUUACCUAUACCAUGGCUGCAACUCUCUAUAUUGCUUCGUCCUGUUGGAGUCCAUACUUUUACUCUUGUCUGAUUGUCCUUUACAACCAAACCAUUGUUCAUGCUACCUACGUCAGCAACGUAUAUGCUAUGGGCGCCUGCUUCAUGUCCUUCGUAUAUGGUGUUUGCUUACGCUAUUAUGGACGCGUAAAGGUGUACUCCUUCUUUUGGGGAGUACCACUUACCGUUCUAGGCACGGGAUUGAUGAUUAACUUUCUUCACUCCGAUGACAACAUUGGAUAUUUAGUUAUGUGCUAUCUCUUUCUUUCGCUAGGAGCGGGUGUUCUGGUUACUUCAGAGCAGACGACGCUUAUGGCCGUUUCCAAACAAGAGGACUUUCCUGCUCUUCUAGCAUGUGAGUCUCUGGUUAUUUCUACAGGGAAUGCUAUCGGAUCAACAAUUGCGGGAGCCAUCUGGACUGGCGUUUUUCCAAAGAGGCUAUUAGCCAACCUUCCAGUAAAUGUGUUGCCCGAAUUUGCAAAAAUUUACGGAAGUCUCCAAGUACAGGCAAUGUACCCGGUUGGAUCUCCUACACGCGAUGCGAUUAACCUGAGCUACGCUCAAACUCAAAGGUACCUGCUCAUCACGGCCACGUGCAUCAACAGUCUCUCGUUGGUCAGCGUUGCAUUUUGGGAAGACAUUGAUCUGAAGAACCAGAAGCAACGUACAUUUGGUCCGUUGUAA